UGCAGUAGUACCGGUAAUAUUUUUAAUAUUUAAAAAAGAGAAAAACAAUGGAAUUUGUGUAGAGUCUUGCUGUGUGUCAUUUUCACAAAAUCACAAAUUUGGUUGGUUUUCUCUUCAACUUCUCUACUACUCCCAAAUAUUGUAAAGGGUCAAUGUAAUUUUGAAAGCUGUAUAUCUUUUGGGAGACGUGUGGUGGUGAGGUGUUGGAAGUGCACUUGGCCACACCCCAAAACUCCUUACUCUAGAGUUUUGAGAUUUGGAUCUUUGAUGGACUGCAACAAAGAAGAGGCCUUAAGGGCCAAGGCUAUUGCUGAAAAGAAGAUGGAAAACAGGGAUUUUAUGGGGGCUCGUAAAUUUGCUGUUAAGGCUCAGCAGCUGUAUCCUGUUUUAGAAAAUAUAGCCCAAAUGGUUGUUGUUUGUGAUGUGCACUGCUCUGCUGAGAAGAAAUUUGGUAAUGAGAUUGACUGGUAUGGAAUUCUUCAGCUUGAACACACAGCUGAUGAUGCAAUGAUUAAGAAGCAAUUCCGAAAGUUUGCUCUUCUACUUCAUCCUGAUAAAAACCAGUUUGCUGGGGCAGAAGCUGCAUUUAAGCUGAUUGGGGAAGCUCAAAUGGUGCUUUCAGACAGAGAAAAACGAACUAGGUAUGACAUGAAGCUUAAGGUGAACAAACCUGCUAUGCCACGUCCUAAUCAACAGAGUGCUCCUAAGAACUUCAAUUCUGCGAUGAAAACCAAUGUCAAGCCCAACUCUACAAACUCAAACACUCAACAGCAGCAGCAAAAUAGGCAGCCCGAGCAGCAGCGGCAAAAUGGUGCCCGCUCUACUUUUUGGACUGCCUGCCCAUUUUGUUCUGUGAAGUAUCAGUACUACAGAGAAGUUGUAAAUAAAUCUCUUCGCUGUCAACAGUGCCAUAGGCCCUUCGUUGCAUAUAUCCUGGAUGUGCAAGGUUCAUCACGGACAACUACUUCGAGUCAGCAAGCGUUUGGCCAGCAGAAAGAUGGUUUGAAUCACGGCACUUCCAAGGUGGAUGUUGGAUCUCAAGGCAACUCGCAUGUUGAGAAGUCCAAUACAAAGCCUUUCCAGAAUAAAGGCCCUGUUGAUGUCUCUGGAAAGCCAAAUGUCAAGAGAAAGAGGAAUCAAGUGGAAGUAUCCAGUCAGAGCUCUGAUUAUACAAGCAGCAGUGAUUCUGAAGGUGAUACGGUUGCUGGUGGUUUUCCAGGUGUAGGAAACCAUUCAAGUGAGCAGCCACGCAGAUCUGUGCGACAGAAGCAUAAAGUCUCCUACAGGGAGAAUAUGAGUGACAAUGAUGAUGACUUAUUAAGAUCUUCAAAAAGGGGUCAGGUGAGUGGAACACCUUGUGGUGAUGGUCAAAGUCAUGGUGAGACUGCUAAAGGGAAUGAUCAGAACUGUUUAGCAGCUGAUCUAAAAGAUGAGCAUGCAAAUGUGAAACAGAAACAGGAUUUUCAUUCUAAAGAGAGGUCACUGAAUAGAAAUGAGGAAAAAAAGAGGGAGAGUGGAAAAGAAGCGGUUGGAGGGUCAAAGCAGAUGGAUGAAACAUUAGAGCAUUCUUCUCCAGAUUCAACCUCCAAGACAACAAAUCAGCCAAACGCUUAUCUCUAUCCCGAUGCAGAGUUCAGUGAUUUUGACAAGGACAGAAGAAAAGAAUGUUUUGCGCCUGGGCAGAUUUGGGCCAUCUAUGAUACAACAGAUGGCAUGCCUAGAUUGUACGUUUUAAUCAGAAAAGUUAUCUCUCCUGGAUUUAAGCUGCGGGCAACGUGGCUUGAACCACAUCCAGAUGGCAAUGAUGAAACCAAAUGGGUAAAUGAGGAACUGCCUGUUGCUUGUGGGAAAUAUAAACUUGGUACCAUUGACAUCUUUGAAGAUCAUCUGAUGUUUUCUCACCUGGUUCUGUGCGAAAGGAUUGGCCACAAUACUUUUCGAGUGUUUCCUAGAAAGGGAGAAACUUGGGCUCUUUUUAAAAAUUGGGAUAUCAAAUGGUACCUGGAUGCAGAAUCUCAUAAGCAGUAUGGAUAUGAGUUUGUUGAAAUCUUGUCAGAUUAUGUUGAAGGUGAGGGUGUAUAUGUUGCAUACUUGGGUAAGUUAAAAGGUUUUGUAAGCCUCUUCUUUCGAAUUAUGAAAGAAGAUAACCAGCCGUUUCAAAUUUCAUCCCUGGAGUUAUUUAGAUUUUCUCACAGGGUUCCAUCUUUCAAAAUGACUGGUCAGGAAGGAAUAGGUGUUCAUUUAGGAUAUUUAGAAUUUGAUCCUGCAUCUUUACCAAUGAAUCUUGAAGAGAUUGCUGUUUCUGAAAAUUUGGAUGUGAAGAUUGGUCAUAAUUCAUCUGGCCGUGAGAAUGCAAGGUCUUCAGUAAGAUCGGAACCCGUGAUGGCACCUGAAGAAAUUGUAUCCAUUCCCAAGGUUAAUGUUGAAACAAGCAAUUCGACUGAGAUAAAGGAUUCUCUUGAUGAUAUCGAUGAUGGUUGUGCUUCUCCAGCUUUGACCCCAGAAGCUUUUGAAAUUCCAGAUGCUCUAUUCUUCAACUUUGAAGCUGGGAAGUCUCUUGAUAAGUUUCAGAUUGGUCAAAUAUGGGCAUUUUACAGUGAUGAGGAUGGAAUGCCAAAAUACUAUGGUCAGAUUAAAAAAAUUGACACUAGCCCUGAUCUUGAAUUGCAUGUUUCUUGGCUUGCUUGCUGCAGGCUGCCAGAGAACACCACUAAAUGGGAAGAUGAAGAUAUGCUUAUUUCAUGUGGCCGAUUUAAAGUUAAUAAAUCAAUUGAUUUUCUUUGUGAUUACAGAAACAUGUCUUGUAUUUCACAUCAAGUACAAGCUGAUGCUAUUGGUAAGAAUUACGCCAUCUAUCCGAGGAAAGGUGAAGUAUGGGCGCUAUACAGAAAAUGGUCAAAUAAAAUCAAGUGUUCUGACCUGAAAAAUUGGGAGUAUAACAUAGUGGAAGUCCUUGAAGAAGCUGAUUUAUUUACAGAGGUUUUAGUUCUGGAGCAUGUUAGUGAUUUUAGUUCUAUCUUCAGGGGAAAAUCAAAUGAAGGUUCACCUGUGAAUCUCCGAAUACCCAGAAAAGAGUUGCUUAAGUUCUCUCACCAAAUCCCAGCUUUCAAACUGACAGAAGAGCAUGGCAAUCUGAGAGGCUUCUGGGAACUUGAUGCGGGUGCGGUACCACCAUAUCUAUGGUCUUAGAUGAAACUUGACGAGGAAGAAACCUUGGGUGGUUGAAUAUCUUUGAAAUUUGCUAACCUGAUAGUGAUAGUAUUUUUUGAAAACUCAACUUUUUGUAAUUAGAUGAAACUAUAGUCUCUGUAUCAGUGCAGUUGACAUGACAGCACGGUGUAACAUUUUGGUGUUGUUCCGGCUAUCUCUUGAAGGUAAAGGUUGUUAUUGUGCCGCCGGUUCUUGGUUGCAUUCGUGGCUUUGGGUCUAAUCCAUUUGAAUUCCAGUUGGUUUGUGAAUAGUUUAAUAUCGAGCUAUGAAUUACUAUAGGAAGUGAGAAUUUACAACCCAUAUACAAAUUAUAAUUUCUAUUUUGUUAUAUUCGCAGGAUAUAUAUAUUUCUAGUA